AGAAAAAUGGGAAACAGCAUGCGAUCUACCCCGGCGCCUCCUGAGAGGCCUCUGCCUAGCCCAGAGGGACUGGACAGCGACUUCCUGGCUGUGCUGAGUGACUACCCGUCUCCUGACAUCAGCCCCCCGAUAUUCCGCCGUGGGGAGAAACUGCGUGUGAUUUCUGAUGAAGGGGGCUGGUGGAAAGCCAUUUCCCUUAGCACUGGUCGAGAGAGCUACAUUCCUGGAAUAUGUGUGGCCAGAGUUUACCAUGGCUGGCUGUUUGAAGGGCUGGGCAGAGACAAAGCUGAGGAGCUGCUACAGCUUCCAGACACGAAGAUCGGCUCCUUCAUGAUCAGGGAGAGUGAGACCAAGAGAGGUUUUUAUUCGCUCUCGGUUAGACAUCGGCAGGUGAAGCAUUAUCGCAUCUUCCGUCUGCCAAACAACUGGUAUUACAUUUCCCCAAGGCUCACCUUCCAGUGCCUGGAGGACCUGGUGAACCACUAUUCUGAGGUGGCCGACGGCCUCUGCUGUGUGCUGACCACACCCUGCCUCACUCAGACCACGGCUACCCCGGCAGUGAGGGCCCCUGACGCACCUGUCACCUUGCGCCAGAAGACCUUCGACUGGAAGAGGGCAUCCAGACGGCAAGAUGACCCGGAGGGGGCUGAGAACCCACUCAGUGUGGAUGAGUCCCUUUUCAGCUACGGCCUUCGGGAAAGCAUCGCCUCAUACCUGUCCCUGACAGGGGAUGACAGCACCUCCUUCGAUCGAAAGAAGAAAAGUGUCUCUUUGAUGUACAGUGGAAGCAAAAGAAAGAGCUCUUUCUUCUCGUCGAGGCCGUACUUUGAAGACUAG